AUGCCUACCAACAGUAACAUCGUCAAAACAAUCAAUAAUCCUAAUCGGUUUGGUCCACAACCAGGUGGUAGUUUAAUGAAUCGAACAGUACCAAACCCGGCUCAACAAGCUAACCGUCCAGGACCCAUGAAUUCUGCAUAUUUAUCAUCUUCGAUGUCUCAAAGAACAGUUGGAGCAACGCCAAUGAUGAAGGUUAAUGGAAGAAUUGGGUCGUCUUCAGAACAAGAUAAAAAGAAUUAUUCUACGAAAGUAGGAGGCAAUGUAUCAAUGAUACAACCAUUAGCUUCUUCUGGUGUACCUAAUGCGUACUCGAUAAACGUACCUGAAACUCCAUCAUUAACUUAUUCCUCGACAACAACACCAUCCGCUUCAUCAACAUCUUCGUCGUCAUCGACAACGAUAUCAACAAGCUUACCUAACUCUGGGCCAUUCCCGCCGUCAUCAUUAUCGUCAGUUGUACCAAGUGGACAAUCUAUGAAUUCGACAACAUCAACAUCUGUAACGACAUCAAUCGAUGGAUAUGGAUUACUUGGACUAUUAAGUGUAAUACGGAUGACAGAUCCUGAUUUAAACAUGUUAUCAUUGGGCAGUGAUUUAACAUCACUAGGUUUAAAUUUAAAUUCACCAGAUUCGCCAUGGGCAGAUAAUAAUCAAGCUAUUGGAUUUAUUGAACCCGAGUAUCAUCUUCCUACAUGCUAUAAUGUACAACCACCACCACCUGCACCACAAAAAAUAAAAUCAUUUUCUGAUGAGACAUUAUUUUAUAUUUUUUAUAGUAUGCCAAAAGAUUUUUUACAGGAAGCUGCCGCAUAUGAAUUAUUUAAUCGAAAUUGGAGAUUUCAUAAAGAUUUGAAACUUUGGUUAACGAAAGAACAAGGAGCUGAACCAUUUAACAAAUCUCAAGUAUUUGAACGUGGAACAUUUAUAUUUUUUGAUCCUAGUGCAUGGGAAAAGUUUCCCCGGGAAAUUGUUCUUAUGUAUGAUUCAUUAGAAGAUAAAGAUCAAGCAAUGUAUUUGGAGUAA